AUGGCGAGUUCCUCACGAGGCAGCCACCUCCAACCCCGGAAUUCCUCGCCCUCAUUCGCCCCGACGACAGCAGAAUUCAACCUCGAUAACCAUCUCGACCUCGACCUCGACCUCGAGUCAGAAGAUGACGACCUGCGCCAUCGCGAAUCCGCCCUCGGCGAGGCCUACGAGCUGCAACCUGUCAAGGCCGGUGGCCGUCGCGAUGAUGACGAGGAGGACGAGGAAGAUAGCGACGGCUGGAUACGGCCUGCCACCUCGGCCUCUGGUCGAAGAAGCAGCAUGACGAGCACCGUCGCCAGCUUCCAGCUGUACACGCCAGAUGAGGAGGCUGCUGUGGUCAAGAAGUUCGAUCGCCGACUCGUCCUCUUCGUCGCCUUGCUCUACAUGCUGAGCUUCCUCGACCGCUCCAACAUUGGCAACGCCCGCAUCGCCGGCAUGGACGCCGACCUCCAGACGACGCCCGCCUGGGACGGAUGGUACCCCUGGGCUCUGACGACGUUUUACAUCACCUAUAUUGCCUUUGAGUGGAUGUCCAUACUCUGGCGCCACCUGCCGGCCCACGCCUACAUUGCCGCCAUCGUCUUUUCCUGGGGCCUCAUCGCAUCCCUUCAGGCCGUCGCCGUCUCGUACCCCAUGCUCAUUGCGUUGCGCGCCCUCCUCGGCAUCGGUGAGGCCGCGUUCACUGGCAUUCCAUACUACCUUUCCUUUUUCUUCAAGCGGAAGGAGCUUGCCCUUCGCACAGCCAUCUUCCUGUCCGCCGCGCCCCUGGCCACCGCAUUUGCCUCGUCUCUCGCCUUUCUCAUUGUGUCUCUCGCAAAGAACGGGCCCAUCGCCCCGUGGCGCCUCCUUUUCCUCCUCGAGGGCUUCCCCUCGGUGCUCAUCGCCCCCAUCGCCUGGCGUCUGAUUCCCGACUCGCCGCAGACAGCGACCUACCUCACCCCGCGCCAGCGAAAAGUCGCCCGCCUGCGCCUGCGCAACGAGGAGACGCCGCCCUCGCCAUCCUCGGCCGCCGACGCCGCCUCAACGUCCCCGCAGACUUCUUCGACCCUGUCCCAGUACGCCGCCAUCCUCAAAGACCCGCUGGCCUGGCUCCCCGCCGCCAUCUUCUUCCUCACAAACAUGGCCUUCUCCUCGCUCCCCGUCUUCCUCCCGAAGAUCCUCACCGAAAUGGGCCACCCAGACACCGAGGCCCACAUCCUCGCGGCGCCCCCCUACCUCGUCGCCUUCCUCGUCCUGCUGCCGACAGCCGCCCUCUCCGACCGCCUGCGAUUGCGCUCCGCCCCACUGGCCCUUCACGCCCUCGCUUCCGCUGGCGGCUACGCCGUCCUCGCCCUCGCUCGCCCGCUCGGCCUGUCCCCCUGGCUCCGGUAUGCCGCCCUCUUCCCCGCCGCCGCCGGCUUCUACGCCGUCGUCGCCCUGCUGCUGGCCUGGUCCGUCAACAACCAGCCGCGCGGGCCCCGCCGCGCCGCCGCCUUUGCCCUGCUGCAGCUUGUCGGCCAGUGCGGGCCCCUCGUCGGCACGCGCCUGUACCCGGACGCUGACGCGCCGUUCUACGAGAAGGGCAUGCGGGCGUGCGCCGGAGCAAUGCUGGGCGUGGCGGUGCUCGUUGGAGUCAUGAGGGUGUACAUGCAGGUGCUGAAUCGACGAAUGGAUCGAGAGGAAGGCAGGGUGCGGGAGACAGGGGUUUCAGAGAUCGAUGAUGUGGGCGCUGAGGAAGAGGAGGGGCUGGUCGGGAGGAGGAGUAAGAGACGAAGAGAGGAGAGGGAAAGGUUUAGAUAUAUGCUUUAA